UCAGUACAUCCGAGUUGCUCAUGACACAAAGCCUGAACAUCUAAUGCAGUUAAUCACCAGAGAAUGGAACCUAGAAUUGCCUAAACUUUUAAUAUCAAUUCAAGGAGGUAAAGCAAAUUUUGAGCUCCAACCUAAACUUAAGAAAGUACUUAGAAAGGGUCUUCUCAAAGCUGCUAGGUCAACAGGGGCGUGGAUCUUCACCGGAGGAACAAAUACAGGUGUAACCAAACACGUGGGAGAUGCAUUGUUGCUAGAACGAUCUCAAAGAACGGGUAGAGUUAAUACUUUAGGGAUAGCUCCGUGGGGUAUAGUCGAAAAUAACCAAGACCUCAUUGGACAGCAUACAGAAGUACCAUAUCAUUCCAUAUCAUCGCCAAGAUCAAAAAACGCAGCUUUAAAUAACAGACAUGCCUAUUUUCUUCUAGUAGAUAAUGGAACUGUAGGAAAAUAUGGUGCCGAGAUUAUACUUCGAAGGAAAUUGGAAAAGUACAUAUCAAAACAAAGGCUAUAUCCAUUUACUCAAAGUCCUAUACCAAUAGUAUGUUUAGUAAUAGAAGGUGGUACCAACACCAUAAGAGCGGUAUUAGAAUAUGUAACUGAUGAACCUCCUGUGCCAGUAGUUGUUUGUGAGGGAUCAGGUCGAGCAGCGGAUAUAAUAGCGUUUAUGUGCAAGUAUGAAUGUUCGGUACUUAAAUCCAUGAAAGAAUAUAUAAUAGCAACAAUCCAAAGAGCUUUUGAAGUUGCUGCUGAAUUAGCGGAAGGCUUAUUUUCAGAAUUAAUGCAAUGUGUAGAAAAUAAACAUUUGAUAACAGUAUUUCGAAUAGCAGAUAAAUACGACCAAAAACCCCAAGAAUUGGACCAAAUAAUUUUAACAGCUUUAUUUAAAUCUCAACAUCUCUCUCCGACCGAACAACUCAGUCUUGCAUUAACGUGGAAUCGUGCUGAUAUAGCUAGAUCAGAAAUUUUUGUUUAUGGACAAGAAUGGCCUCCAGGUGCCCUAGAAGAUGCGAUGAUAAAAGCCCUCGAGCACGACCGUUGCGAUUUUGUAAAGUUACUUUUAGAAAAUGGUGUCAGCAUGCGAAAAUUUUUGACAAUACCUCGGCUCGAAAACUUGUACAACUCUAAACAAGGACCUAGCAAUACAUUAGGAUAUAUACUCAGGGACGUACGCCCUCACAUUCCACCGGGUUACAUAUAUACUUUACACGAUAUUGGAUUGGUGAUAAAUAAAUUAAUGGGUGGAGCUUAUAGGGCUCUAUAUACACGAAGAAAAUUUAGGCCUAUUUAUGCAAAAAUAAUGAAUAAAGGACACAGUAUGGCACAUACUUCAGGUAGAAAUUUGGGAGCAAUGGGGCUUAUACCAGGAUGUAUACCAGGAGCAGCGAGUCCGUGUUUAUUUGAUUAUCCUUUUAACGAACUACUGAUAUGGGCGGUCUUAAUGAAGAGGCACAAAAUGGCGCUGUUGAUGUGGCAACAUGGUGAGGAAGCUUUAGCGAAAGCUCUAGUAGGUUGUAAAUUGUACAAGGCGAUGGCACACGAAGCAGCCGAGGAUGAUAUGGAAACCGAAGUAUAUGAAGAAUUGCGUGCUUACGGAAAAGAAUUCGAAAAUAUUGCCUUAGAAGUAUUAGAUUAUUGCUAUAGACAAGACGAUGAUCAAACACAACAACUCCUUACCUGUGAGCUACAAAACUGGUCAGGUCAUACCUGCCUCAGCCUAGCCGUUACUGCCAACCACCGAGCACUUUUGGCACAUCCUUGUUCGCAAAUAAUCCUUGCAGACUUGUGGAUGGGAGGAUUACGCACAAGAAAAAACACAAAUAUUAAGGUUAUUUUGGGUUUACUGUGUAUGCCUUACAUAUUCAAAUUAGAAUUUAAAUCAAAAGAAGAAUUACAACUUAUGCCUCAAACUACAGAAGAACAUAUGGAGCUUGAAAAUGACGAUGACGACAAAUCUGAUUCGGAAAAAAAUCAAGAUGGAGAUAAGCGUACUAGAAGUUUGAGUAUUCGGAGCAAGUCUACAAAUCCAACUGGUGUAAAGGCACUAUUAACUGAAAAUUUUAUUACGAGGGAUACCGUUGUUCAAGAAAAUGGUAAAAUUCUUCCGGAAUUCGAUGAUUCAAAAUUUAAACCUCAGUACAGUAAAGGCAAAGAAUUGAAGUUGAAGAAAAAGCUUUAUGAAUUUUAUACUGCACCCAUUACAAAAUUUUGGUCGAAUUCGGUUGCAUAUAUCGCAUUCUUAGUACUCUUCAGCUACACCAUUUUAGUAAGGAUGGACCAUUUUCCAAUUUGGCAAGAAUAUUACUCAAUAGCAUUUAUUAUUUCAUUAGGCUGUGAAAAACUACGUGAACUGUUCUCGUCAGAACCAGUAGGUGUAUCUCAAAAGUUUGCCGUAUGGUCGUGGAAUAUGUGGAAUCCAUGCGACAUGGCAGCAGUUUUUAUGUUUUUGAUUGGAAUGUCGUUGAGAUUUCAAACGGACAUUUUUGAAGUUGGAAGAGUGAUAUAUUGUGUAAAUUGUAUCUAUUGGUAUUUAAGGAUCCUUAAUAUUCUCAGUGUGAACAAGUAUUUAGGUCCCUUAGUGACAAUGAUGGGCAAAAUGGUGAAAAACAUGAUAUAUUUCAUUGUUUUGUUACUAAUAAUAUUAAUGAGUUUUGGAGUGUCACGACAAGCAAUUUUAUAUCCCGAACAGGAUCCGUCUUGGAGAAUAGCAAGAGACGUAUUUUUUGAACCUUACUUCAUGUUGUACGGAGAAGUAUUCGCUGGUGAGAUUGAUCCGCCAUGUGGCGGUGAGGGUGAAGAAAUUUGUCAGACCGGUCGUUGGAUUUCACCUGUAAUUAUGUCAAUUUACCUCUUGGUUGCCAAUAUUUUAUUGAUUAAUUUAUUGAUUGCUGUAUUUAAUAAUAUAUUUAAUGAAGUCAAUGCAAUAGCUCAUCAAGUAUGGAUGUUUCAAAGAUUCACUGUUGUCAUGGAAUAUGAGCAAAAACCACUAUUACCUCCUCCAUUUAUUAUUUUCUCACAUUUUUACUUAUUAUUUAAGUACUUCAGAAGGAAAAUGGAUGGAGUGGAGGAAAGUUACGAUAAUGGCCUAAAGCUUUUCUUAGAUAAGGAUGAAAUGGAAAGACUGUACGAUUUUGAAGAAGACUGUGUAGAAGGCUAUUUCGCUGAACAAGAAAAUAAACUUCAGCAGUCAACAGAAGAACGUAUCAAAAUAACUACUGAAAGAAUAGAACACUUAACUCAAAAGGUAGAAGAUAUUAUAACCAAAGAAAAUUUACAGACAACUGUUUUACAAAAUUUAGAUGUACGCACACGACGAUAUACAGAACAAUUUCAAGAGUUAGUAACAGAACUAGAGGUACUAAAGCAAGUCAUACUACAAAAUCAAGCAUAUCCAGUCGAUCCAAUCAUUACAGCGCAACAAGCAAUGCGACAAAGGACAAUAAGUGAACAGAGUGAACUUUCUGAGGACAAUACUAUUAUUGGACAGUUACUUCCGAAUAUAAUUCCACCCAACCGGAAAAAGACUAUAGUGAGAUCUUUAACAGAAGUUAGACCUGAUGCGUAUAUAUUCGAUAAUGGUCAACAUAUCGAAUAUAGGUAUGCAGAUGAAGACGACGAGACUGAACAAUUAGAUAAUAUUUCCAUGGCAGGAAGUACACGACAACUGAAUUUCCUACGUCAAAGAACUAAGAGCACAGAAUCAAAAGGGUCGUCAGAAAGUGACAAACGGAAUGAUGAAGUACUCGUUGAAGAUAUCGGAAGUAUUAAUUUGGAUAUUUUAAAAGCAAGAGCGUCGCAGAAAAGAAGAGAUUCGACAGGCACCAUUAGAAGAGGAUCUGAAAGCGGCACUGGUGACGACAAUCAACCCCUGAAACCUACACUACCCAAGCGACAGUUUUCUCAAACGCAGUCUGAACCGGAUCCGUGCGAACCUCCUGCUACCUUGCCGUCGAGUACUAUAUCUUUAGAACGAUCUGUAACAUUUACUGAGCCUAAAAUUAAAGUUAUACCGCCUGCUAGUAGUCGUUCGGCUCUACUUAUGCAUAUGCAUACUGAAUACACCAGUAUUACUGACGAAUUGGAAUCCGUCUGUGGACUUCUGAGUCCUCCUAGAUCGCCAGGACUGCUUAGUCCGCCCAGACCUGAACAGUCACCUCCAAGUUCUCGAAAACGCAAUCCAUCCGAAAUGUCCAACCCUGAAAUAGCCCUCAACUUCGAAAAAGAACACUUACGCAGCGCUGAGGAAUGUGAUUAUAUGGUCAUGGAAAACCUGAUUCAACGAAGAUAUAGCGAAGAAGAUGAAGAUGAAAUCGACGACGACGUUAUGGAGAAACUGCCAGUGAAAAAUCCGGCAUUGCUUAGCGUUGUUACCGAGACUAGAGAGUUCCGUGUGAAUUCCUGGCCUAUACGAAAUGCCUUGAAGCGUUCCACAGCUAUUGAGGAACCGCCUGGACCAAUAGGACAUUUAGGCUCUAGCAGUUCAUCCACAGAACGGCAAGAUUCAACUGAAUCUAGCGAUAAUGCAGCAGCUAUUAAUCAACCACCGAUGCCGCAACGACCAUCGAUCGUUAUAGAUUCUUCUCAGUUACCUACGGUCCUACGAGAAGUACUUCCAUCAGCUGAAUCGAAAGGUAGUCUCCAUAUGCAGUCGGAAACUAUGUGUUAG